UAUUAUGUUGCAAAGUACAACCUUUACAGCACGCAUGUGCGAGAAAUGUCAACAUAAACACAUUUCAGCAGUCGACGUGGCUUUCUAAUAUUUUUGAUUGAAUUCGGCGUUAAUAACGAAAUAAUUUCAGUUUUUGGAAUUGGAUUUGAAAUUUAAAUUACAAGCGAGUUUCCAAUUUUUCGGUAAACAUGUCGGAUUCAGAUGACGAUGCUGCUUUUGCAAGUGCUGAUGAAGGUGAAAUUAAUGAACCAUCAGCAGGUGGUGCCAUGGCAACACAGAAAAUAAAAGAGAAGAAACAAAAUGUUGAAGAGACGACAAAACAGGAACCACAGAAGCAAGCAAGUGGUCGGAAUGAAGGCAAAGGUAAAAAUAAAAAGAAAAAAAGGGGAAAGAAUGGAGGAAAAGAAACAGGCAAAACUUCGACAGAUGAAAAAUUAUCAGCAAAAAAAUUAACAGAAGAAAAAGUAGUACAAUCUGAGGAAAGAAAGACAGUGAAACCUGACGAAAUACAAUCAGAAACAGAUGCACAAAAAACUCAAGCAAUAACAAAAACAUCAACACUAGUUGAUGAUAAAAAGUCACAGGAUAGCUCUGAUAAACAAUCACAGGAUAGCUCAGAUAAACAAUCAGACAUUAACUUGAAUAAACAAUCCAAGAUUAGUUUGGUUAAACAACCACAGGAUAGCUCAGAUAAACAAUCACAGAUUAACUCGGAUAAACAAUCAAUCAGUCAAGAUAAACAUAAGACUGUUGUGAGUGAAGAGAAUUCUUCUAAAACUGAUCAGAAAGAUAGUGUCACAAAAACACCUGUAAAAACUGACAACGUCUCGAAUAACAACAUAGUCACAGAAUCUCCUCAAUCUGUGACAAUCCCACGAGAACGAGACCAUACCCCGGAGCAGGAAGAGGUACUGGAAAAUCUUACCACUGCUGCAGAAGAACAGUCUUCAGGUGCAUGGGGCUGGGGUUGGGGAUCAUCAUUAUUAAAAACAGCCACCAGCUCAGUUUCUACCUUUACACAUCAAGUUGGCGAUGGGUUUACAACUUUAAUGGAUACAGUAGAAACAUCAUUAGGUGCUCCCCCUCCUGAGGAAAUGGCUAAAGAUAAAACAAUAAGUGAUACAGAGAAAGAUGAAAUAAAGGAGAAAAGAGAAACAGAUAAACCUGAAUCACAGCCUAAAACUGAUGCACAAACAAAAACAUUGGACGAGAAAACAAACCCUCCUACAGCUGAAGGGGCUGACGGAGGUGGGUGGUUUUCCAACAUUAGUAGUCUCGUUCAAAAUACCGUUUCUGAAAGUAUCGGUGUUUUGGAGACAAUUGGUACAGGAAGUUUGGACGUGAUGGAAAAGAUUGGUAAAAAGACGUACUCCGUUAUCACCGACCACGAUCCAGGGUUCCGCAAGGCCAGACAAUUUCUGGGAAACAAAGGAGAUAAACAGAAUUUAUCCUCACUUUUACGAGAUGCAAAAGAUGAAACCGAUCAGAAGAUUGAAAUGGAGAAAGAAUCAGAAGAAGCAAGAAAAUGUCAUUUUGGUUGUUUAUUUGAUGAUUAUCAAGGAUUGGCUCAUUUAGAAGCUCUCGAGAUAUUAUCCAAUCAGAGCGAGAAGCGUGUUCAGACGUUAUUACACGCCAUGUCAGAAGAAACUAUAGCAGAGAUUAAACCAGAAUUGUUACAAAUAAAAGAUAUUUUUGAAAUAGAUGAGAAUGAUGAUGAAGAAACAGAGCAUGAUUUUGUAAAGCUGGUAACAGAUCAACUGACAGAAUUACAUCUUGGUACAACUCCCGAUAAACUAAACAAAGUCCAGGAAAAAACACGAAAAUGGCUGGUUGAUUUCCACUCUGAAAGUGGAGAUGAUAAAACGACAACCAUUUCACGUGAUCCAAAGGAAAUACACCGACUUGCCAUUCAGUCGUUAGCAGAACUAACGUCUAAAAGUGUUGAACAGUUCCAUAAAGCAGGGGAGUUAAUUCUAUUACAGAAAGAUGGAGAGAAAUCAUAUCUGGACCGAUCUAAAGCUCUAGCUGGCUUGACCCAGGUUUUAUGUACAGAAGUUGGAAUUUUAUCAACUAAAUUUUCACAUUGUCUUAAUACGGUUGGGGAAUCUGAGGAAGCAUCUGAGGUUGUGAAUCCAUUAGUUACUAAUAUUUAUCUUGAGGCCACCAACAGUAGUACAUAUAUUCAGGAUGCAUUUGAACUUCUAUUGCCCGUUUUACAGAAUGCAGUUAUACAAAACUCAGAUGUUUUACAGUGAGCUUCAUUUGUCUCAAUCAUCCAGUGAGAUUCAAAUCAUGCAGAUACUCUUCAACUCGAUCAUCCAGUGAAUUUCUAAUUCAGAUUUUUUAUAUCAGGAAGUGAUUCCAUACUAUCUUCUUAAGGCGAUGCUCUUCAAAAUAAAAAUAAAACACGACACCUAAGGCUUUGAGGCUCUGGCAAUUUGAGGAUAAUGGGCAUUAAACUUUGUUCUUCGGAGAACUGUGCAUUGAUUAACUGACUUCAUUUUUCCGAAAUGAUAUCAUAAUUCCAAGAUGACUGCCAUGACGUCAAUUGGUACUCUUGUACUUGUUUUUAUUGAUUCAAGGGAAUCAAGCAGACUGUAAAUUUUCUGAUUUGUUUGAUUUAAUUACAUGUUAAAUUCUCUCACAUGUAGAUUACAUCUAGUGCUAUGUUUUAAAAUGUGUCAAAGACUAUUAUAUAGUCAUCACCAUGUCUCGGUCCGUUUGUCAACCAUUGGCCUGUGAACGCGGUAGAGUCCACAGUUUCUGUUAGAUCUGUUUUCAAUUAGGUGUGAAGCAUUGUGAUCAUAAGAGGACGAACCCUAUCGAUAUUCAGUGCUGUGUGAGUUGUCCCCCAGUUUAGAGGCUAUAGUUUCAAACAGAUUCGUUUGAGAUCUGGAGAGAAACAUUAUUUCAAGUUAUUUAAGGUAUUUUGGAAUUGCAAUAUCAACCCUAAAAUGGCUUUAUUUUAUUCCCACCAGUAUUUGCAAAGAUAUAAAAAAGAUUUGGUUUUUCUUGUCUUAAUUAAAUGUUUUAAAAUGUCUCUGAGUUUUUUUUUAAGCCAUUGAAGACUACAUGAACUGAGAUGGAUUUACUAAUCAUUUCAUUGUACCCCUCAAGGGUCUAGGUAAUGCGUAGUGUCACACCAUAAAUAUUGCAUUACCUUGAUUAAAAUUUCUUUCAACAUUUAUCUUUUUUUUUAAAAUAAAGAAAAAUUAAUAUUUUAAAA